AUGUCGUCCACUGCACUUCCCAAGCGCGUUGCGCUGAACCGCAACCCCGCCACCGAGAACUCCGUUCCCAGCUCGGUUUCCGCGUCGCCUUUUGAUAGCCCGCGCCAGUCGCCCUCGUCGACCUCUCUGUCCUCUAUGGGCUCCGAUCAGGAGAAGACCAAGAUGCUCGACACCUAUGGCAACGAGUUCAAGAUCCCCGACUUCACCAUCAAGCAGAUCCGCGAUGCCAUCCCUGCUCACUGCUUCCACCGCUCCGCCAUCACCAGCUUGUACUAUGUCUUCCGUGACAUUGCCAUCCUCGCCUCCGUUUUCUACCUCUUCAACCACUAUGUCACCCCAGAGUAUGUUCCCUCCAUGCCGGCCCGCGUUGUCCUCUGGACUCUGUACACCGUCAUUCAGGGUAUGGUCGGUACCGGUGUCUGGGUUCUGGCCCACGAGUGCGGUCACCAGGCUUUCUCGCCCUCCAAGGUGCUGAACGACACUGUCGGUUGGAUCUGCCACUCGGCUCUGCUGGUUCCCUACUUCUCCUGGAAGAUCUCCCACGGCAAGCACCACAAGGCCACCGGUAACAUUGCCCGCGACAUGGUCUUCGUUCCCAAGACCCGUCAGCAGUAUGCUACCCGCGUUGGCAAGACCAUGCACGAGCUUGCCGAACUUGUCGAGGAGACCCCCAUCGCCACUGCUACCCACAUGAUCCUCCAGCAGCUGUUCGGCUGGCCCCUGUACCUGGUCUCCAACGUCACCGGCCACAACAACCACGCUAAGCAGCCCGAGGGCCGUGGUGUCGGUAAGGCCAACGGCUGGUUCGGCGGUGUCAACCACUUCAACCCUGCCAGCCCUCUGUACGAGGCCAAGGACGCCAAGCUCAUUGCCCUGAGCGACCUCGGUCUCAUCAUCACCAGCUCCGUUCUGUACUAUAUCGGCACCACCUAUGGCUGGUUGAACCUUGCCGUCUGGUACGGUAUCCCGUACCUGUGGGUGAACCACUGGCUCGUUGCCAUCACCUUCCUGCAGCACACCGACCCCUCCCUUCCUCACUACCAGCCCGAGGUCUGGAACUUCGCCCGUGGUGCCGCCGCUACCAUCGACCGUGACUUCGGCUUCGUCGGCCGCCACAUCUUCCACGGUAUCAUCGAGACCCACGUGCUGCACCACUAUGUCAGCAACAUCCCCUUCUACAACGCCGACGAGGCCAGCGAGGCCAUCAAGGAUGUUAUGGGCAACCACUACCGCACCGAGGCCCAGACCGGAUGGACUGGCUUCAUCAAGGCUAUCUGGACCAGCGCCCGUGUCUGCCAGUGGGUUGAGCCCACCGAGGGUGCCACUGGUGAGAGCCAGGGUGUCCUGUUCUACCGCAACACCAACCGCAUCGGUGUUCCUCCUUCCAAGGUUGCGGUCAACUAG